AGGGUAAGGGAAUCUCUAGCCUCAAGUACCCUCACUUGGUAGGAUUCGAACCUCAAACCUCUGUGAUAUGAGGUAAAAACCUUUUCAAGUGAGCCAACACUUUGUUGGUGAUUAAACAUGUUCUUAUUAGAUUCAUUUGGACAUUUGCUUUUAAUUUUUUUUUUCUUGAUAAAAUGUACAAUACUCCGUAUCAAAUUUUUAUUAUUCAUAAUAACACUAGGAUUAAGAUUAAGGGAGCAAUAAACUGAAAACAAAAAAUCUUUUCGAUAAUCCAUUUAAUUACUCCCCUCCAAAAAAAAAAAAUUAAAAAAAAAAAACGGCUCUCCAAAAUUAGUAGUUGGAUCACAGAUUACUGAAAAAUUGACCUCUGAACUGAUUUCCUAGCUUCACCAAACUGAUAUACACCCUCCUGAAUUGAAAUUGGUUUGAAAUUAUUACAAUUUUUUGGGUUUUUCGUUCUUUUCAAUUAUAAUUUUAUUCUUUUUGCAUUCUGAAAAUGGUUGGAUAUUCAUGGCCUUCCGAAGCAGAGUAAUUUGAUAAUUAUGUCUGCUCAUUUUCCAAGCUAUAACGAUCUGAUUUCAAGUGGGUGUUGAAUGAGUUAAAGAAGGAAGUAGCUGAGAUGGCUAAAAGAACUACUGAGGAGGUCAGGGUGGUUGUCUCUCCAUACAGGAUUUGUCCUUUGGGAGCACACAUUGAUCAUCAGGGUGGAGCUGUUUCGGCUAUGACAAUAAACAAGGGAGUUGUUCUUGCAUUUGUUCCUUCUGGUAACCUUGAGAUGGUGUUGCGUUCUGCACAGUUUGGAGGAGAGGUAAAGUUCAGAGUUGAUGAAAGUCACCAUCCUAAAAAGGCUGCAAAGGCAAAUGAAAGUAUCAAUUCCAUUGGUUCAACUAAAUUGGAAGAAGAGUGUUGUUGGGGAAGAUACGCAAAAGGGGCUGUUUAUGCAUUAAAUAGUAAAGGGAAUGUUCUCAGUCAGGGUAUUAUUGGGUUGAUCAGCGGUUCUUCGGGCCUUGACAGCUCUGGCCUCAGCUCUUCUGCUGCGGUUGGUGUUGCUUACUUGUUGGCUCUGGAAAAUGCAAAUAAUAUAUCAGUAUCUCCAACAGAAAACAUUGAGUAUGAUCGGCUGAUUGAAAAUGAAUAUCUUGGCUUGAACAAUGGCAUAUUGGAUCAAUCUGCAAUUUUACUUUCAAGACAGGGUUGUCUAACCUUUAUGGACUGCAAGACCAAAGAAUACAAGCUCAUAAACUUGAAAGAGAAUGACAUAGAUGGAGUGCAGAAAUCAUACAAGAUAUUGUUGGCAUGUUCUGGCUUGAAGCAUGCUUUGACUAGUGGCGUUGGGUAUAAUCGCCGAGUUGCUGAAUGUCAAGAGGCAGCAAGAAUUCUCCUAGAUGCUGCUGGGAAGCAUGAAGUAGAGGCUGUUCUAUCCAAUGUUGAACGGGAAGUUUAUGAAGCUCACAAGGACAAGCUAGAACCUCUUCUUGCUCGUAGAGCAGAGCAUUAUUUCUCAGAGAAUAUGCGUGUGAGGAAAGGAAUUGAAGCAUGGGCUUCAGGUAGGAUGGAUGAUUUUGGAAAAUUAAUUACCGCCUCUGGUCGAAGUUCAAUACAGAAUUAUGAAUGUGGGUGCAAACCUCUGAUAGACCUUUAUGAAGUCCUCCUGAGAGCUCCUGGUGUAUAUGGAGCCAGGUUCAGUGGUGCUGGUUUCCGAGGAUGCUGCAUUGCUUUAGUCAAUGCAGAUCUCGCAUCAGAAGCUGCUUCGUUUGUGAAAAGGGAGUACAACAAGCUUCAACCGGAAUUAGUCAGUAAGAUCGACCAAGAAGCUGCAGUAUUGAUUUGUGAAUCGGCGGAUGGUGCUCGUGUAAUUGCUGCCCCUUAACUUGAUCAUCCUACUUCAUUCUUUACAGUCUUGUUGAGUCAAUUUGCUUCAUUCUUUUCAUAUCGGCGGAAGCUAGGGUUGGAUCUAAAACCUAAGCUCUGAUACCAUAUUAGAUUUUGUAAAACUCCUCAAAUUGGAGUUUAUUCCAUUGAUUCAUAUAUAUAGCCAACAUAGGGUUACAAAGAUGAGUCCUAAUCAUGUUAGGAAAUCUUAAAACAUAUUUACACAAUAUUCACAAAAUAUAUCUUUUUAUAACAUAAUAUCUAUCGUUUAUUUGACCAAAUGCUAUUCAUAUGUAGCUGAAUGAUGUCAUUUUUGUAAAAAAAAACAAAUCACAAUCUUCUUCCCUUUCCUUGGGAAAAACCUUACA